AUGGGGAAGUCAGGGAGCCCCGAGGGGAUGAUGGAGCAAGCCGACCUGUCUGGACGGAAGCGCCCCGCUGUCCUGGAGGGGUGGCUGCUGCUGUUGCUGCUGCUGGCGGCGGGUGCCCUGGUGACCCUGGGCGUCCUCUGUGCUGACGGUAGAGGGAAGCAGCUGCCACCCUUUGCUAGCCGGUGGUGCUUCUCAAAGGAAGAGAAGAUCGCUGUAAAACGAAAACCCCGAGGCUCGGGCGCUGCCUACGCGGCCUGCCAGGCCUCGCCCCCUCCCGCUCCAGCACGACCAGCUGGCGUGGACGAGGUCUGCACCACCCCCGGCUGCGUGAUGGCAGCUGCCAGGAUCCUCCAGAACAUGGACCCAUCCAAAGAGCCAUGUGAUGACUUCUACCAGUAUGCGUGUGGAGGCUGGCUGCGGCGUCACGUGAUCCCUGAGACCAACUCGUGGUACAGCGUCUUCGACGUCCUUCGCCACCAGCUGGAGGUCAUCCUCAAAGGGGUGCUGGAGAAUUCCACCACCAAGGACCGACCAGCCGUGGAGAAGGCCAAAAGGCUGUAUCGCUCCUGCAUGAACAAGAGUAUGAUAGAGAAGCGAGACUCUCAGCCCCUGCUGGACAUCCUGGAGGUGGUGGGAGGCUGGCCGGUGGCCACGGACAACUGGAACACGACAGCAGGCCCCAGGUGGGGGCUGGAGCAGCAGCUGGCCCUGCUGAAUGCACAGUUCAACAGGCAUGUCCUCAUCGACCUCUUCAUCUGGAACGAUGACCAGAACUCCAGUCAGUACAUCAUCUAUGUAGACCAGCCCACCCUGGGCAUGCCGGCCCGGGAGUACUACUUCCAGGAGAACAGAAAACAGAAGGUGCGGGAGGCCUACCUGGAGCUCAUGGUGUCGGUGGCCACGAUGCUGCGGAAGGACCUGGACCUCCCUGAGAACAGUCCCCUGGUGCAGGCGGAGAUGGCGCAGGUGCUGGAGCUGGAGACACGCCUGGCCAACGCCACGGCACCCUUGGAGGAGCGGCACGACAUCACCACUCUGUACCACAGGAUGCGCCUGAAGGAGCUGCAGCGGGAGUUCGCCCUGAAGGGAUUUAACUGGACUCUCUUCAUACAAACGGUUCUAUCCUCUGUCAAAAUUGAGUUGCUGCCAGAUGAGGAAGUAGUAGUCUAUGGCAUCCCCUACCUGCAGAAUCUUGAAAGUAUCAUCAAUGUCUACUCAGCCAGGACCAUGCAGAACUAUCUGGUCUGGCGCCUGGUGCUGGAUCGCAUUGGCAGCCUGAGUCAGAGGUUCAAGGACAUGCAGAUGAACUACCACAAGGCACUGUAUGGCACGACUGCGGAGGAGGUGCGUUGGCGUGAGUGCGUGAGCUACGUCAACAGCAACAUGGAGAGCGCCGUGGGCUCCCUCUAUGUCAAGGAGGCGUUCCCCAGAGAUAGCAAGACCAUGGUCCAAGAGCUCAUCAACAAGGUGCGGGCGGUGUUCGUGGAGACACUGGACGAGCUGAGUUGGAUGGACAAGGAGUCCAAGAGGAAGGCCCAGGAGAAGGCCAUGAACAUCCAGGAGCAGAUCGGCUACCCGGACUACAUCCUAGAAGAAGGGAACAAGCGUCUGGACGAGGAGUACUCUAGCCUAAACUUCUCAGAGGACCUGUACUUUGAGAACAGUCUGCAGAACCUCAAGGCGGGCGCCCACCGGAGCCUCAAGAAGCUUCGGGAAAAGGUGGAUCAGAAUCUCUGGAUCAUCGGGGCCGCGGUGGUCAACGCAUUCUACUCCCCAAACCGGAACCAGAUCGUGUUCCCCGCCGGGAUCCUCCAGCCCCCCUUCUUCAGCAAGGAGCAGCCCCAGGCCUUGAACUUCGGAGGCAUCGGGAUGGUGAUCGGGCACGAGAUCACGCAUGGCUUUGACGACAACGGCCGGAACUUCGACAAGAACGGCAACAUGAUGGACUGGUGGAGCAACUUCUCCACUGAGCACUUUCAGGAGCAUUCGGCAUGCAUGGUCUACCAGUAUAACAAUUACUCUUGGGACCUGGCAGGCCAGCAGAACGUGAACGGAUUCAACACCCUCGGGGAAAACAUAGCCGACAACGGAGGGGUGCGGCAGGCCUACAAGGCAUACCUCAAGUGGAUGGCAGAGGGCGGCAAGGACCACCAGCUGCCCGGCCUGGAUCUGACCUACGACCAGCUCUUCUUCAUCAACUACGCCCAGGUGGCAGCACAGUCCCCAUCCCCUGCAUCCCCUGUCUUUGGCGGGCCCGCUCCGGUGGCCUCCCCCCCCCGCCACCACAGGGUUCUGGGCUCACUGCAGAACCUGGUCGCCUUCGCCGACGCGUUCCACUGCGCCAGGGGCACCCCCAUGCACCCCAAGGAGCGAUGUCGCGUUUGGUAGUCAAGGCUGAGCCGCGCUGCGUGGCCCACAGGCACCCACCCCCUGAGAUGCCCACGGAGACAGUGCAGCCGGUGGGAACCCGCCGCCCUGCACCCCAUGACCACGCCACUGCCAGCGGCUGGAGCACAGUUGGCCCCGAUGCCCGGGAGUGAGCAGUGUCCACUGGGGCUCAGGCACGGCCCCUGGCCCAGCGCCCCUGCAGUGGGGGUCAGCGCCCCCAUCCCAGCCCCGUAGACGUGGCCAACUGUCUCCACCCCUUCUCCAAAGCACCCUGUCACCAAACUUCCAGAACUUCAGACUUGAGCUGAGUA